AUGCUAGUUCGGUCCCAGACUUUGCAGCUGUCCUCAUCCACGCCCGGUGCAGCGCACCACAUGUUGAUGUUCACGCCCCAUGCUCCAUGUUCUCUGUAUGCCCGGUCGGUCGGCCGGUCGGUCAAUUUGGCGAACUUGAUGCAAGAUGCAGCGACGUAUCUGUGUCUGUAUCCGUACCAAGAAGAAACGGCACCACAACACAGCACAGCACAGGGUAUCCGUACACUAUCCCACGGUGGCUCCCAUGGCUCGUCGACGAGUGGAAUGGCCCCAUGCCGGAGACGAGAUCCACAAAUGGGGCGGGUCCCCCUCCUGCUGGUGCUGGUACUGGUGCUGGUGCUGCUAAAGUGUGAGAGGGCCCAGAGACACAUUCCAGCCAGCCAGCACCAAGCAUACCAAGCGUCAGCACAGGCACUGGGACACUUGGGACCGGGGAUUGGGACUGCGACUACGACUGCGACCAGGGGUGUGUUGUGUGUGGAAUCGCGAACUGUGUGGAUGGCGGUGGUCGUGGCGGGUGGGGAGACGACGAUACGUACCGCCAGAAACCCAUCCCAGCAACAAUCCACAAUCCAUAAUCCACCUCAGAGGCUCAGGUUCUCUCUUCCAUUGGGAAGCACGGAAGUUGGGUUGGACGAGGAGCCUGCCCGGAGGACGGGAGACGAGGGAGGGGCGGCGAGUGGGCGUGUUGGAAGACAACGACGAACAACAGUAAGGUAUGUACAUACUCCGUACUGCGUACCCGUCCCGGUCUCUGCUGCGCUCACCUCUCACCUCUGUGAUUGUGAGGUGGUCACUGGUGAAUGA